CGUUACAUUCACCUAGCCCAUCUUUUCCCGCGAAGACCCUUCCAUCCAGAAACCAAUUCAGUCGAAGAAGACUGAUAUAAAUAUCAUGGACAAUUCACAAGCUCAGGCGCAGGCUGCUCAGGCCCAUGCGCAGGCUCAAGUUCAAGCGCAGGCGCAGGCGCAGGGCCCGCCGGUUCAGCCUAUGAUGCCGCAGCACUCGAAUCUGAUCCGAACAGAUCAAGUCCAGAAACUGCCUCAUCUGAACGAUCAGCAGAAACUUCAACACACUCAAUUAGUCCGAAAUCUUUGGGAACUUCUCAACGGCCGCGACCCGCAAUCUACGGAAUAUCAGCAGGCUCACGCGCGGCUCGCCCAGAUCUCUCAGACCCUCAUGAAAGGCAUGCGCGCAUUUCAGCAGAGUCGCCAACUGCAGCAGCAUCAGCAGCAGAUGCAAGCAGGUUCCCCUGCACAGCCGGGUCAGCCGGUUCAGCCGGUUCAACCAGGUCAGCCGGGUCAGCCAGUUCAACGGGCUCAGUCCGUGAACCCUCAGAACUUUAGUCAACUCCUCCCGCAGAUCCAGCAGAAGGUCAACACUUUGCAAUUCUUCCUUCCUCCCAACGUUAGCAACGAACAAGCGCAGACAUGGCUACCCGAAGCCAAACUCCGGUACGGGAUCGCCCUACAGAAGCAAGAGAUUGGUCGGGUUCGCAUUGCGGAUAUCCGUCAGCAGUUCGCCCAACGGCAGGGUGCAGGCAACAUGACACAGGAAGAGGUAGGAGAGUUCAAGGGUCGCCAGUUGGCGGCAGAGAAGCUGUACCGGGAGGGGAGCGACUUCCUUACGAAGUUCAAGGAACAGCAAGAGAUGUUCAAGUCACAGCAACAGAGGGCUGGCGUUCAGCAGCAUGUGUCGGCUCAGCAACAACCCCAACCAGGGACGGCGCCGGCGCCGACGCCGACUGGCCCGACCCCAGCCCCAGCAGCAGGUGUUCCGGGACAGAUUCACCCUGGACAAGCUCCCACCCCCGCCCCGCACACCAUCAACUCGGCCGUCAACGCCGCGCGCAAUCAAGCUGGACAGACUGCUAUGUCCCCCUCCACCUCUCAGCCUGGACAGGCACCCACCGUUCCCGGUCCCGGUCCCGGUCCCGCGCCUGCCGUUGGCGCUGUUCCUCAGCAACCACCACCUAACCAGCAACAGCCUCUUCCACAACAAAUCCCACCUCCCAUUCAACAGCAGCCUGGACCGCCUGGCUCCCAGGUUUCCUUCAAUCCAGUUCCAGGCCCAGGCCCUGAUACCUCUACUCCCACCCCGACACCGCAGACAAUGAUUCCUGGGCCGCCUCGCCCGUUGUCGCAGCAGGCUGCUAUGGCUCAAGCUGCUCAGAAUUACUCCAACAACAACAUUAACACCAACACUAUGCCUCCGCAGCAGAAUAUGGUCCAAGCGGCUGCCAAUCCUCACGCCCAUCCUCAAGGUUAUAAUCCCAACCGCUCUACCGAGAAUCCGGCGCGCACAAACACGAUGGCGAUUCCCAAAAACCUAAAUGUGCCUACCCCAGAACCCGUCAACAUGGCGCCGGCACGCCCUACGCUAUCUGGUGGUCCCAGCCACGCGGCAGUGGGUGUCAUGAACCAGCCUGCCAUCCAGAAACACCCUGGCUACGUUCUCGAGGGCGAGGGUCAGAGAGUGUUAAGCAAGAAGAUGCUGGACAUUCUUGUUCGCCAGGUCACUGGUGGUGGCGAAGGUGAAGGCCUGACUCCUGAUGCUGAAGAGUUCAUCCUCCAGAUGGCAGACGACUUCGUGGAUGAUGUGGUUACUUCUGCUUGCCGCAUCGCCAAAUUGCGACCUUCAUCGACUCUGGAGAUUCGCGACCUGCAGCUAGUCUUGGAACGUCAGUACAACAUGCGCAUAUCGGGCUUCUCCACCGACGACCUUCGUACCAUCAAGAAACCUCAGCCUACUCAAGGGUGGACUCAGAAGAUGUCGGCCAUCCAAGCAGCGAAGGUCACUCAAGGCAAGGCAGAGUAAACAACAGCAACUCUAGCUAACGCUCCUCCGCAAGGCUUCAUACUUCGAAAAAUGUAUCCGAUAGUUCACCUCACCUCACAUCCUUUCCUAAUUGGCAUGCGCUGUUACUGGCAACAAGCAACGAGCGAUCAGCCAACGCGCCGGACUCAACUUUACGCAAGAUCACGCUCUUCCCUUCUCCCUAUCAUUUAUAAU